UGGAGAUACAGUUCACAGUUCAGUUUGGAUUCCCUUACUCGUCAAACGACAUAUAAUACCAAAUUUUUCUAACAAAGAAUCACGUUUUAUCCCCCUUCUAUUCUAAAGUAAAAGUACGACCUUGUGCUGUGUAUUAUAAAUUUUUUUUUUCUAAUUCUCAAAUAUCUAUUUUCCAUUAAAUUUAUAAUAACUGUUCAUAAUUUUUAUUCUGUAUCUAUUAGAGUGUUAAUCAGGAGCAUGGCUACUGAUGUACGUGGAGUUUUGCUUUCCGGUACUCAAUUAGCAAAGGAAAUUCGAGAAUCGUUAAAAAAAGAUGUAGCGGAAUUAAAAACAAAGUUACCAAAUUUUGAACCCGGUCUUGCUAUAGUGCAAGUGGGUGGACGGGAGGAUUCGAAUGUUUAUAUUCGAAUGAAGAUCAAUGCAGCUAAUGAAAUUGGAAUAAAAGCCACUCAUAUGAAACUUCCAAACACAACGACGGAAACCGAAUUACUCAAUAAACUCAAUUAUCUAAAUAAUGAUCCCAACACUCAUGGAAUUAUUGUUCAAAUGCCAUUAGAUAGUAUAAAUACCAUCAAUUCACAUCUAAUUACUGAUACAGUUUCACCAAAUAAAGAUGUCGAUGGAUUGAAUACAAUAAACGAGGGUAGAGUCGCAAUUGGUGAUAUGACAGGAUUUUUACCUUGUACACCAAAUGGAUGUAUUGAACUCAUUAAGAAAAGUGGAGUUACCAUUGCAGGAGCGCAAGCUGUUGUUUUAGGAAGAAGUAAAAUUGUAGGAACUCCAGUUGCCGAAUUAUUAAAAUGGCAAAAUGCAACAGUCACAGUUUGCCAUUCAAGAACAAAAGAUCUACCAAAAGUUGUAUCACAAGCUGAUAUAUUGGUAGUUGGAAUCGGACAACCAGAAAUGGUCAAAGGAUCUUGGAUUAAACCAGGCGCAGUAGUUAUAGACUGUGGAAUUAAUCCAAUUCCGGAUUCGACGAAAAAAUCAGGAAGUCGUCUCGUGGGUGACGUGGCCUUUGCCGAGGCUGUUAAUGUAGCAUCAUACAUUACUCCAGUUCCCGGUGGAGUUGGACCAAUGACAGUGGCAAUGCUAAUGAAAAAUACUGUAAUUUCUGCUCAACGAUCGGCAAAGCAAUUACUUUCUAACGAAUGGAAUUUAAGAAUUUUAAAAUUAAAAUUGGAAAAACCGGUACCCAGCGACAUUACAAUAUCAAGAAGUCAUGAACCAAAAGCUGUCGCACAAUUGGCGGAGGAAAUUGGAAUAAUGUCAAAUGAAUUAAGCUUGUAUGGCAACAAGAAAGCUAAAGUGAGCCUUAAAGUUUUACAAAGAUUGGAAAAUCAAAAAAAUGGAAAAUAUAUCGUUGUGGCUGGAAUCACACCGACACCAUUUGGAGAGGGAAAAAGUACAACGGCUAUUGGAUUGGUUCAAGCAUUAUCAGCUCAUAGGGGGAAAAAUUCUUUUGUUACAUUAAGACAACCAAGUCAAGGACCAACUUUUGGUGUUAAAGGUGGAGCAGCCGGUGGUGGAUAUUCUCAGGUUAUUCCCAUGGAAGAAUUCAAUCUUCAUUUAACUGGCGAUAUUCAUGCGGUGAGUGCUGCCAAUAAUCUCUUAGCAGCUCAGGUGGAUGCUCGAUAUUUUCAUGAAUCAACACAAACUGACAAAGCCUUGUACACAAGAUUAGUGCCAACUGUUAAAGGGGUUCGUCAAUUUUCUAAAAUUCAAUUGAGACGUUUAGAAAAAUUGGGCAUUAACAAAACUGAUCCAAAUACUUUAACUGAAGAGGAGCAAAGUAAAUUUGUCAGACUUGACAUUGAUCCCGCAAACAUCACAUGGACAAGAGUGGUUGAUUUAAAUGACCGGAUGCUGAGAAAAAUUACAAUAGGCCAAGGACCUGCAGAGCAAGGUAAAACUAGAGAAACAGCAUUCCGCAUUUCUGUUGGUUCGGAAAUUAUGGCCAUACUUGCUCUUGCUACAUCUCCCGAAGAUUUAAAACAGAGACUUGGAAAAAUUGUCAUUGGAUUUAGCAAAAGUGGUACUCCUUUGACUGCAGAAGAUUUUGGUAUGACCGGAGCGAUGGCAAUUUUAUUAAAAGACGCCAUUGAACCAACUUUGAUGCAAAAUAUCGAAGGAACGCCUGUUCUGGUACACGCUGGUCCAUUUGCAAACAUCGCUCAUGGAUGCUCGUCCAUCAUUGCUGAUGCUAUUGCCUUAAAACUUGUUGGUCCCGAGGGAUUCGUGGUAACUGAAGCUGGUUUUGGUUCCGAUAUUGGCAUGGAGAAAUUCUUUAAUAUCAAAUGUCGUACCUCGGGUCAUAUACCAAAUGCUGUUGUCUUAGUGGCAACUGUUCGAGCUCUCAAAAUGCAUGGUGGCGGACCUGUAGUUACUCCAGGAGCUACACUCAAAAAAGAGUAUGUCGAAGAAAAUCUUGAUCUCUUACGUAAAGGCAUUCCAAAUCUUCAAAAGCAUAUCAGUAAUGGAUGCAAAUAUGGUGUACCAGUUGUUGUCGCUAUCAAUGCACACGCAACGGACACUGAAGCAGAAUUGGAAUUGGUAAAGAAAGCUGCUCUUGAAAGUGGAGCUGCAGAUGCCGUAGUUUGUAACCAUUGGGCUGAAGGUGGUUUAGGAGCUGCAAAUCUUGCUGAUGCUAUUAUUGCAGUAACAAGUAAAUCAAAUGACUUUAAAUUUCUCUACGAUAUUAAUGCAAAUAUUGUUGAAAAAAUAAAUACAAUUGCAAAGGAAAUGUAUGGAGCAGGAGAAGUCAUAUUAACUGAUAAGGUAAAGGAGAAAAUUACCGAAUACGAAAAAUUAGGAUACAAUAAUCUACCUCUUUGCAUGGCAAAAACUUCUAAUUCUUUAACUGGAGAUCCUAACAUAAAAGGAGCGCCAACUGGUUUUAAAAUUGAAAUCUCUGACAUUUUUGUUUCUGUUGGCGCAGGUUUUAUUGUGCCAAUGGUUGGUGAAAUAAUGAUGAUGCCUGGAUUAUCAACGAGACCAAGUAUUUACGAUAUGGACUGGAAUUGUGAAACUGACGAAAUAGAGGGUUUAUUCUAAAAUAAAAAGUUUUUAACUUUUUGAAAACAAAAACUAAUACAAUAAAAGUAACCUCAGGAAAAGUUAAUUUUUUUUUUUUAAACAGAUUGUUGCAUUUUGUAUUUUUUAUUACUGUUAUAAAGAAUAUUAUUUCUCUACAUAAUAA